AUGGGUCGAAACUUUCAAAAGAAGCGCAAACGGUUAGGUAUGAAACCUAAACAACAUCAUCAACAGGAUGAGUCUGGUGCGGAUAGCAAACAGAACGAAUGGAGAAAUCAUAAACCCUACAAAGACAUUGUCAAGGAAAACGAAAAGUAUUGGAAUUUUUACAAAGCUCAAAAGUUGAUUCCUGAAGAGGAAUGGGAAGCGUUCUGCGAUGCGCUUCGAACAGACCUUCCAUGUAACCUCUAUCUUUUCAGGGACCGAGAUAGGCUGAUGCAUGAGUUGGAAACUAAAUUUUUCAUCCCAAUUGCUCAAUCAGAGGAUUCGGACGUCUUUGAGCCAAAGCCGUUGCCAUGGUAUCCAGGUGCAUAUCAGACUAGAAUGACCAGAACGUCGGUGAGGAGUCAUCCAAUUCUGGCUCAUCUUCAUAACUUUCUGGUCACAGAAGCGGAACUCGGUCACAUAUCACGUCAAGAGGCUGUGAGCAUGAUUCCACCAUUGCUUCUGAAUCCCGAUUCAGAUCAUCUAGUUCUCGAUAUGUGUGCAGCUCCUGGUAGUAAAACAGCGCAGUUGAUAGAAAUGAUGCAUGAAAACACACCCACUCCAAGUGGAAUGCUCAUAGCUAAUGAUGUCGAUAAAAAACGAUGCUAUAUGUUGAUUCAUCAGACACUGAAGCGAUUUCACACAUCUAAUUGCGUCGUCAUUUGUGAAGAUGCUGCUAGAAUGCCCGUUUUGAAAGGAAAGGAUGACGUGCCAUUGAAGUUCGACCGUAUCCUUUGCGAUGUUAUCUGUAGCGGAGACGGUACCCUCAGAAAGAAUCCAGAGAUUUGGGGUAAAUGGACUCCGCAAGAAGGCUUAGGACUACAUCGAAUGCAGCUUUCGAUUGCCAGAAGGCUGGUCGGUGGUCGACUGGUCUAUUCUACGUGUUCCAUGAAUCCUAUAGAGGAUGAAGCCGUGGUUGCUCAGUUGAUACGAGAAUCAGAAGGGACGUUACGGCUCCUCGAUGCUCAUCCCCUUUUGCCAAAGCUCAUCAGUCUUCGUGGGGUUUCUACUUGGAAGGUUUUUGAUCGUGACAUGAAUUUGUAUGAAAAACCAAGUGAUGUACCGGAAUCGUUGCGAAAGAUGAUAUGUGAAUCAUGCUUUCCACCCAAUGAUGGAGAAUCUGCUUCCCUUCACCUGGACUACUGCAUGCGUAUUGUGCCCCAUCACCAAGACACAGGCGGAUUCUUCGUUGCUCUUUUGGAAAAAGUGGAGGAGAAACCCUUGAACAGUCCAGUAACUGUGGGGUACAAUUUUCUUUCUUUAUUCAUAGCCAUUCUGUGCCUUUCUGCCAUUCAAGGUCACUAUGGAGUACGUGACGAUUUUGAAUAUGAAAAUCUGUUCAGUCGUCGUCUUGCCGAGCACGAUGUUAACUGUCGCCAGUUAUUCUACGCCAAUGCAGCAGUGAAGGAUUUUGUGCAGCGCAACAUGUCAGCUGUAUCAAUUCAAAACGCUGGUAUGAAGAUGUUCAGCCGUAAUGAGCAAAAAGUUGAAACAACGCGAUUCCGUUUAUCACAAGAGGGCAUACGACACCUUCUUCCCUACCUGGAAAAGAAGUUUGUUAAAAUUGAUGAAGAAGAUAUGCUGAAAAUUUUGAAAACCGAACAAACGAUGAUACCUUUGGAAUCGCUCAAUUAUAAGGACGCUAUCAGAGAGCAAGGCGCUGGAAGUCUUGUAUUAUUCUCUGACAAAGCCAACCCUGUUUGCACUUGGGUUGGAUUCCAUACUGUAGCACCGUAUGUUUGUAAAGAAGAGCGUGUCCACAUGCUUCGAAUGAUGGGAGUUGACUGCUCGGAAAUUGAGCAAAUGAUGAAAUCUAAGAGGAAACAGAAGGUAAGUUCAGAACAGAAUCAACCUCAAUCAUUCAAAUUUUCCUCACGACUUUUACCAACAAAAGUUUUUUUCCGGCGGCUGCUGAUCGGCAGGCCGCUUGGGAAGAAGAACAGACCGAGAAAGUCGCACACGGAGCACAGGGACAAAUUGAGGAGGAAACGUCUAACCUUUCUGUUACCAAUGCGGAAAGCAAAAAUGGUGGAGGAGAUGCCUCCUAAGAUCUACGUUUGCUGUUUUCUAGGGUGUGGUCUAUCGGAAGAUGGGCAACUGGGACUCGGAAGUCGAAGUGCCGCAUGUGUAAAAUUGCCCGAACAAAUUGUAGGAGCUCCCUUAAGCUCUAGUGGAACAGCUGUGAUAAGUGUUGCCUGUGGAGAAAAACAUACAUUGUUACUAGCCGAAGAUGGCAAAAUGUGGAGUGUAGGUGGAAAUGACGCUGGCCAACUUGGCCGAGGAGGUCGUGGUGCAGGCAGCUUUACAAUAUAUCCAGUAUCAUUUAGUGGAGGAGUGGAAAUGAUACAGAUAGCUGCAGGUCGUUCACAUUCCUUAGCUGUAGCCGAAGAUGGUCGCCUGUUUGCAUGGGGCAAUAACGAACAUGGAGAACUCGCUAUGCCGCGUUACAUAUCAUGUCAGGAGACGCCGAAAAAUAAAGGAAAUUACUGCGAUGCACAGAGUACUUAUUUACCUCUUUUUAGGCGAAUAGCAGAGCUAACGGAAGUCGUUCAAGUCGCCUCUGGACCACAUCAUUGUAUAGCACUGCUAGAGAAUGGUGUAGUAGCUGUAUGGGGUGAACAGUCUGAUGGAGCCAUCUUACACUCGCCUCAAAUCGUCAGCCAACUAACGGGUAUUCCGAUUGUCAGAAUCGCCGCUGGUGGUCGGCAUUGUGUAGCUAUAUCUGCUGGUGGUGGAGUUUAUGUAUGGGGUCACAAUGAGUACGGUCAACUUGGCACGGGAGAUACACUGCCACGUUCAUCUCCUUUUUUCUUGGAUGGGAUGAGCUCUAUGCAUAUCAUCGAGGCCUACUGUGGUGAUUCACACACGCUUUUGCUGUCACAAGAAGGGCGCCUGUUUGCAUUUGGAUCAGAUGCCCAAGGGCAAAUUGGAGGAGGAAGGAAGUUCGACAAGCACACGAAUCCAGCGGCAGUAACAGAGCUAAUGGGAAGCACUGUGACACGAGUAGCAUGCGGACGAAACCAUUCGGUUGUGGUGAUCGGAGGACGAUUGUAUCCUUUCGGUCAGAACGCAAAUGGUCAAUUAGGUAAUGGAUCGGCAAUGAAUCAGCCACUUCCUCGGCAAACGGAUGAACUCGAUCAUGUAGUAUCCGUAUUCGCAGGAUUCGACCAGACUUUUAUACUACGUUCUGUUGACACGCCCAUAAUGACAGCUGGACCAAACUGCCCACUCAAAACACCGGUUUUCCUCGACAAAGCUAAAGUACUGGAUCUACUUGCUCGACAUGAAAAACUCGACUUGAUUGGACUCCUCGAAUCGGUUUUAUCAUCGAUAAGCUGUAUAAAUGGUUCAUUUUUGUUCGAUGACGAACGGCAUUUUCUGCAUGAAGGAAGUGUUCAUGGAGUAAAUUUGGACGACGUCAUGGAUACAUUUGGUGCUCUAGGGGACUCGUCGGAUGCCCGUCAAUACGCCGAAUUAAUUGUUGACACAUUAAGUAUUUCGGUCUUUUCGGAUGAUUUCAAUCCCUCCUCAACAGCAUCCGUAGAAGCUCUUCGUGUGUACUUGAUACUGGUAUGGUUCCAUGGAUUUGUAACGAAUGUGACCAAGGAUACGGUAGUCCGACUACAUCAACCAUUUGCUGAAUCCAUAUCGAAGCUUCGACCAGUGUUCCGUAAUGCAUUAGAAAAAUGGUGGGUUAAGCUCCCGGUGCGACAUUUCAAUCGGUUCGUCACAGUAAUGAUGUCGGCAGUACGAUGCCUGGUGAAAGACAAAGUGGAUCCUCAAGAUUGCCGGACAUAUUUGGAGAUAUUGGCAUCGUUGUGCGCAAUCAAUAAGGUCACUAAUCAUAUUCCGCUGGAAAACUUUUACGUUCAUGAACUAGCCGAGAACUACAAUUUGAAAAUGGACUAUGUGAAAUGGGCACAUGGUCAGGAAAACAAGGAAACUGGAGUCACGUGUUGGUCAAGCUAUCCUUUUCUGAUGAACGCGGCUGCCAAGGGUGAACUGUUAUACGUUGAAGCCGUCAUUUCAAUGCAGACAUCAAUGAAUGGUGCUAGACUUAAUCUGUUUGGAUUCGAUCUUUUCUUCGAACAACCUUUCUUCGAGCUGACUGUGAGACGAAACCAUAUUGUGCAGGAUACCAUCAAUGGUCUUCUUUCAUCUGAUCGACGGUACUUACAGCGGCCGUUAAGGGUACAUUUUAUGGGUGAAGAAGCGGAAGAUGCCGGAGGCGUCAAGAAAGAGUUCUUCAUGAUUUUGUUCCAAAAACUUCUCCAGUCUGAGUACGGUAUGUUCGUAGAAGACCCAGACUCGCAUCUCGUAUGGUUCAGUGGGUAUGAUGUGGAAGAAGUGAAUUACUACAAAAUGGUCGGUAUUCUAUGCGGUCUGGCCGUUUAUAACUCGGUUCUGGUUGCUUUCCCAUUCCCCCUGGCACUUUAUAAGAUCCUGCUUGGACAACAACCAACCUUGGAGGACCUCACAGAGCUUAGUCCGAUUGAGGGACGAAGUCUUCAAGAGUUGUUGGACUAUCAAGGUGAUGAUUUUGAAGAUGUGUUUUGCCUCACUUUUACGAUAUCAUAUGCUGCAUUUGGAAGUACGGAGACAUCAGAUUUGAAGCCAGGUGGAGCUGACAUACCUGUGACGCAAUCUAAUAAAGCUGACUAUGUUCAGCGAUACGUUCAUCAUCGACUAUGCGUUGGACGUAAUGGUGAGGUUGAACGGCAGGCGGCAGCGUUUCGUGACGGUUUCAAACUGGUGUUGAAUAGUCGUAUCGUUGCAUUCUUUCAACCACGAGAACUCAUGGAACUAGUUAUUGGCAAUGAAAACUACGACUGGUCGGAGUUGCGCAAGGUCGGUUAA